UUCAAGACCCAAGUUUGUCGACAAGUAUGACUUCAGAGACCCACCUGUAUUUGAAUGAUUCCGUGAUCAAUGAUUAUUUUAAUUUAAUCCAAAAACAAUAUCCGAGCGUUUAUUGCUUUGAUACCUAUUUUUAUGUGCGACUUGAGAAAUCUAAAUACAAAUCAGUAGAGCGUUGGACAAAAAAAAUCAAUAUUUUUUCAAAAAGAAAAGUAUUUUUUCCUAUCAAUAUUAGAAGAAAAAGGUUUGCACACUGGAUUUUGAUAACAGCGGAUAUGGAUAAGAGACGAGUUAUAUAUUUUGAUAGUCUUAAAAAUCAUUAUGAUUACAAAAUACAUUUAGACAUAUUAUCAUACUUAAAGCAGGAGCAUGAAAGAAAGUUGGGUUAUCCUUUACAAAACUGGAGAAUUGUAAGAGGUUCUAACCCCCAACAGUCUAACGGAAGUGACUGCGGGGUUUUCGUCUGCACAAUUGCGGAGUAUCUCGCAAGAGAUGCUUCGUUUAAUUUUAAACAAAAAAAUAUGCCAUCUUUCAGAAAAUUGAUAUUGUAUGAACUGUUUAUCAAACAACUCAUUACAGUAGACGAAGAUGUGGACGAAGAUUCAAUCGUUGAUGAAAUAGACCGUAUGAUAAAUAAUUCUUUAAUGAACAGAUAA